AUGGCCCCAAGGUACAUCACCAACGAUGAGCUUGCAAAGAUCAUCAAGAGCGACAAGGAGCCCCACAAAGACUAUCUUGUGAUCGACGUCCGGGACGAUGACCAUGUUGGGGGCCACAUAUCCGGGAGCCACCAUUUGCCGUCGCAAAAGUUCCUGGAUAGCGUACACGAUCUGGUGAACAGGACGAAGGACAUUCCAAUCGUUAUCUUCCAUUGCGCUCUAUCGCAAGCACGUGGCCCAAAAGCUGCUCGGAUAUAUUCGGAGACUCGCGAUAACCUGCAGAUAGCAGGCAAAGAUCAACCUCACGACGUCUGCAUCCUCCGAGGUGGCUUUACUGAGUUCCAGGCCAAGUUCAGGAAUGACCCCAAGCUCGUCGAGAACUUCGACGCGAGCGUGUGGGACUACUGA